UAUGUAAUGACAGUAUAAGACUAUACUGUCUCAUAGCUACUUCUGUGGAAAAAAAAUCAACCUCUUCUGUCUUCUUCCAGUUCUAAUUAACGGCCACAAAUGAUGGCAGAUUAUGUUUUUCCUGUAAUGGUAGGUUGUUUCUCUUCCUUUAGCAUAUUUAGCAACAGUCCAUGAGGAUGAUUGACAGCGCUAAAUCCUCCUCCUGGCUCUGAUUGGUUGUUAUUGAUCGAGAGCGGUGCAUUGCUUCAGACAGCAAUAGCAGCUCAGGGAGGAGGAGGAAGAGACUGAUCUGCUCACAGAUUAAAUGUCUCACACCAAACUGUCAAACAUUUUUAAUAUGCAUAAAUAAAAGUUAUGCUACAGCUAAAUAUAUUUAAAGUUGCGCUUUUUACAUUUUUUUUCCCACCCAACUUUAGUCCAUGAUAUCUAAAGGUGAGUGGGGAGCUUCUGGAGCAGGUGAGGCAGUGAUGGAGAGAGGAGAGGCGGGGGCUCUCUCUGUCUUUCUUCCUCUCUCUCUCUCUCUCUCUCCCCCACUCAGCUGCAGCAGCUGGAUCAGAAUGAGAGCAGUCUGUUCCCACUGGCCGGUUGCGCGUCCUGUGCGCCUGACAUGAGCGCGGUGUGCGAGAGUUACCACUCCAGGGAAAAGCUGUUCGUGGACAGCUUCACGUGUCCGAAGGCGGGGGGCGAGUCCACGGCGGUCUUCUGUUGCGGCUUCAGUGACUUGAAGUACUGCUGUGAUGAUCCGAACAGCUUCUUCCCCUACGAGUAUGGAUACAUGUGGUGGCUGAGCCUCGGAGCUCUUGUGGGUCUCACCGUUGCGGCUGUGGUCCUGCUUGCUUUCGUCAUCACUCUGUGCGUCCUCUGCUACCUGUUUGUCACCACCAAACCCAGAGGUCUGGACAGCGGACUGCCCCUUCGAGCACCAGACGCCAUCAUCAGUCAACAAGGAGCCGAAGCCAGCCACAGCAGCGCCCCUGCUGGCCCACAAGGCCUCAGGAAACACUUUGUAAGAGGCAAGCUAGACUGUGACAACCAGCAGCCAGACCCCGACCGCCUUUUCCAACGCUGUUUCAUGGCCACUGUCACAUCCAUCAAUGUGGAGAACCCUACAUAGGACGACACUUUUUUCAACAUUUUGGAUUUGAGUUAACGUCUUUUUUCUUCUCUCUGCCCCUAUAGUAUAAUCUGAGUUGUUGUUAUUUUUAUUUUAUCAACAAAUACAGUAUUAUUGUGUAAUUGAACAGAACAAAAUUGCAAGUGCAAAAUCUUUAUUGUGGCCCCCAUCUGUGGGAAAACCUGAACUGCAAGUCAGAUUUUUGACAGGUAACAUUUAGUAUUUGAGCUUAAGUUUUGUAGCUGUUUAAUUAGUUAACAUUCAAGUAACCAUUAUAUCUGUCUUGAUUUUAAAAAAUGGGAGCUUUACUGCCCAUAACAAUGAACAAAAAUAAUUGAAAUUCCGAUGGAGAUUUAUUCUUGUUUAACAGCUCAGAUUAUCAGAACUAAACAGGCAGAUGGGAAACUGGUUCUCUAAUAGGAGAAAAGUGAACACUUGCUUUUCUGGGAUUGCUGUUGUUAAGCCCUUAUUUGGCAUAUGAUUUACUUCAUGUCGUUAAUUACUUGUACUUUUAUUUAGCAAAAACAAUGUGAGCAGUAAAGUCUGUUUAUCACCAUCUAUCCUGUAAUUUUACACAUUCUGCUCUAGAAAUCCAGAUUGAAUUCCCUAAAAGCUGUCAGUAUUCUUUGAGAUCUGAAUAGACUUUAUAACCACAGUCCAUUAGCACAUCAUGCCCGUCUUUUCUCUUGCAUCAUUUACACAGGCGCACAUAUUUAGCUCAACAGCACCCACACCAACACCAUACUAAUGUCGUGUGUGUAUUUUCAGUUCUAUUUUUAAGGAUUCAGGGAUAAUUGUGUUUGUCUGGUAUCAAUGGAGGAAAACCUUUACAACCUGAAGAUGUCAAAAUUAGUUUUUUGGUCAUAGUAAAAGAGAUUCAAUGUGGGGAAAAUGAGGACUGAAAGCAUAUACUGUAUUUUGGUGAUAAAAGUACCUAAUAUCUUUAAAGCUCUAGAAAAAAAGCAACAUGCAGUUUGUUAGGGCACCUUGGGUUUCAAAAAUACACUCAUAAAGGUUAAGCACACAAAUAGCUUAGUGGAAUGAAAUGGGUGAAACAAUAUUUGACUGUUGUGAGGAUUAUUAAUAUCAGAUCAAAUAAGUAAUAGGUGGCAUAACCUCCACCUUGGAUACCGGUGAUGAUGUUAUCAGAGUGUUGUCAUGCAGUCAUUCUGUCUUUUUCUACACUAUGUUGGCACAGCUGUUGUAACUGUGUGCCAGAUUAUCACCAACUCUAAUCCAAGUCUAAGUCAAUUUCUACACGUUCCCUAGUAGUGGAACGAUUUAUACGGUUCUCUCUCUUAACAAUAUUGGCGGGACUGAUCCUCUUUUGCAUCUUUGCAGGUUGCAUUCACAGCCUGCAAAUCAAACUUUUUAAGGCAGUCUGAACAGCCCAUUUCUGAUCUUUUCACCCUCUAAAAAAUCUGUGUAUGUAUUACAUAUAGAACACAGACACACUAUGAAAAUACGCAUCCAUAUUUUCAUAGCAUCUGCAGCCUGAACUGUUAUGUUUUUAAUCCCACUUUUACGUCAUUAACAUGAAACAUUCUGAAGAAGCCAGAUGCUGUAAAUCCGGACCUUAGCAAUGUUUAAACUUAUGUCUAAAUGUACGUGUAUCAAGUUUUCGCAAGUAUUUCUGCGUCAGUCAGUCAGUCAGUUAGUCAGUCAAACUUUUAUUUCAAAACAGAAAGUAACUAAAUUAUUCCGUUUUAUUAGAUAUGUAGUUUAAUGAUAUGUGGUAAAGACCCUCCCUUAUGGGCCUUUGUUAAAUGUUAAAUAUUUAUCACUCUCUCAGCUCAGACUGUAAGUGCCAAGCAGACCAUUUUUCAUUCUGCUAAUAUUAAAGUGGUUGCUGAAAAGUGAAGAGAAAAAAAGAAGCAAAAAUUCCAUUGCCAAUUCUUAGAAGCAUUAGUAAUCCUGCUGAAAAGUUCUGCUGAGAAAACCCACUUACACACUCCAAUCAUGUUACAGAUGGUCAAAAGGGACCAGCUCCAUUUUCUAAGGAUAUUAGAAAAUAUGGUAAGCACAUUACAGCAAACUGAUUUAAUCUACCUCAAAAAUGAACACACUAGGGAUAAAUUGAGCAACACGGAAUUAUGGGGAUUUGAUCCUUUUGAACUGACUGCUUUCCCAACCGUUACCAGUUCCCAUCAUUCAUACAAAUGGGGCUCUUCUUUAUAGAUAGACCAAUGGCAGCUGUCUAAGAUUGAACUCACGCUGAGGAAAAUGUAAAUAUUAAAAGGUUAUUAUGGCUGCUAAAUAUUUAUCUGUGUGGCGUCUUGUUGUAUAAGCUUGUCACUUUUGCUUUUGUGCAGAUAGGAGAAUGUUUUUCGCGCCGUUUUAAACCUGAAUAUAAAUUCACAUUGUAGUUUUUGGCUGUUGAAUCAAGCAUAGAAAACUACUCACCAAUAGAAGAAUAUGGUGGAAUGAAGUUAAGUGCCUCAAUGCAUUCUCUACAUCUCUUCGCUGAGGAUGCACAUGGUUUUCAGCCAUGUACACUCAUGGCUGAAAACCGAGAUUUGGGUCUUUGUUGUUGGCUUUUUGACCAAAGAAUGUCAGGCGUCUAUUUCAGAUCUCAGGAACUUGCGUCAAUACCUAAAAAUAAGCAGAAAAUGUCUCCUGAACUUUGGCGAUUGUCUGUUUUUAGCAACAUAGAAAAAGAAAUGGCUUUAUGUGACCUUAGUUGUGACAUGAAUUAUACAGUGAAGCUAAAAAUAUGAGCUGUAACACAUGCUAGCAAAGUGAUUUUGUGUCUUGGGCUAAUAAGCAAACAAGCUAGUACUGCUUUGUGAGCCUCCAACCAUCCUGUUAGCAUUUGGCUCAAAGGAAAACUGUGCCUAUGAACAGAAUUAGUACAAAUCACUUCCAAAUUAGUUUUCGUCUUUUAAGCAAACGUUUUAAGUAGUAAUUAUUACAAUUUUAGUAGCAAAUAAGUUCUGCUUUAUUUAGCACUUUAUAGCACCAUUUCGUGUUACCAUUCUGCUCCUUUCUACUUUGAUUUCAUACCCAUUAACAGACAAUUGGUUCUAACCCAUAGUCUCAUCCGAUAUAAGAUAUUCAGAACUCUUCACAGAACUACAUUUCCUCCUGGAAUACUAUGAGUAGAAUAUAGAAAGCUACCUAAAUAACUUUUUGCCAAAUAGCAGAUACGAAAUGUUCCAUCAGUGGGUACAAACUGAUAUGGUUGGUAAAACUCAUCUCAUGGUUUACAAAUUGAUUGUGGAUUUGAAAAGACGGGUACAGGAAAACCAAAACCUCAAUGUGAUUACGGUGCAGGUGAGGCCGUGCUUCGUUUUAUGCCUGUAAUUUCUAAAUAUAAACACUACACCGGCUUUUAUCUGAUGAGAGGUCUGCAUAAGACCUCGUAAAAAUUAAGUACUGAAGCUGUUAGGUACAUGUAAUGCAAAGCUGAGAUCCUUCAGUAACUUCAACUUUUCACACAAACAUGGGCCAUGAAACAUGUCACUGUAAUAUGGAUCUUUUUUGCCAAAUGAGUUAAAAUAGUCAAGGUGAAAGUACACAGGGCCACCAAAAUUCAAACUACAAAUGUAGUCUUUUUUAAGGGACUUUUUGGUAACACUUUAUUUGAAUAGGUGUGCAUAAAACUGACAUGACACUGUCAUAAAUAUGACAUAACUCCUGUUAUGAACAUGGAGUCUUCAUGAAUGUUUAUGUUACCAAUGUAUUUUGGUUUUUUGUCUGUUUUAUUUUAACAACUUUAACAAUCCACUAAUCAUGCAAUAUUUGAAAGAAUUGAAAUAAGAAAAAGGGAUAUGCAAAUUAAUGCACACCCAAAAUAUAUCAAGGGUCUUAUAUUUGCCUUACUUAGAGACAAGCACCUAAUUUUCAAAAAGUUUGUGGUUGAUUCUUUUCUAUCUUGAUCACCAAGAAAACAAAAUGUUUUGUCUGUUCUCUGCCAGGUUUAAUGCCCCAAGUUUCCGACUCUGUAACAAAUCCUAGAUCCUUGUGGCCCCAUUUAACGGUCAAAUUUAAACAGAAGCAUAAAGUGUGGCAAAUAAAAGACAAAUAUGUUU